AAUGAACAGCCAGAGAGUGUGAAGGUUUUAGAAUUUGUAGUGGCACGUGCAUUUUGAAGUCCCUUCACAAAGGAGAGCAGUAGUUGUACAGGAAUGUCCUGCAAUACCACCAGCUGGGUCCAGAUACAAACACUGUGACCCAGAAAGGAAGUCACCUUUUGGGUUUCCCUUCUCACAUCCGUAUGUUUGGGAUCCCUGACUGGGUGUCACAGAAGGGUAGAAUCAUUGCUUCCUUGCUUCUUGGAGCCCAAAGAGUGUAUCUGUCAUCGUCUGUGAAUAGCCUAGCAAUUUUUGCCUGUGGGAUACCUUACAGCUAAACUUAGAAGCAAACCAGUGCCACAGUUCCGUAUUUAAGAUCUUCAUUUGAAGCGUCAACCUGGAAUCAUAUUCCAUCUCACUGCCUGUGCUGUAUUCCUAGCACAUACAUAAACGUUUGGGCUUCAGAUCAAGUGGGAAGUUGGAUUUCAUGCCUACCAGUUUUUUAAUAAGCUAGCUGGACCCUGAAUUCUGACAUGGAGCAAGCAGAAAAUUUAAAUGGAAAUAUUUACAAGGGAUACUGUGGUGAUAACACAGGCGACGAGGAGAAUAUUCAGAUUGGUGAAAAUGACAAAGGUGGUAAUGCUGCUUAUUUUGUGGAAACCCCCUAUGGCUACCAGUUAGAUUUGGAUUUUCUUAAAUAUGUGGAGGACAUACAAAAGGGAAACACCAUCAAGAAAGUCUCUCUUCUGAAAAAGCGUAAGCUGGUCCCAAACUUGGCAGAGGGUAGGAAUCCUCCCAGCCAAGAAGCAGGGUGGCCCUCAACAGACUCUCUCUCUUCCUCCAACAGUGAUGACAAUAAACAUUCUCCUUCUCUGUUAACUCGGAGACACACUUUUUCUAACACUGCCAGGCCAUCGUCUCAAGAGGCAUCUCCGAGUUUUCUGACUGUGCCUGAGAAUAAGCCAUUGCCACCCCCUUCUCCCCAGAUACCCCAGCACAAUUUUCAUGUUACAAAAACUUUAAUGGAAACUCGAAGAAGGCUAGAGCAAGAAAAAAUAAUCAUGCAGGUCGCUUCUUCCUACAACGAUAUACGUAGACCAAGGCUUGCUAGCUUUGGUGGCAUGGGUUCUACCGGCUCGCUUUCAUCUGUUACAGGAACUACAGGUCACAAUAUAUCAGCACAACAGCUUCAAAAUGGACACCAAGCCAAUGGAGAUUAUAGUGCCUUAUUUGCCUCAUCUUUAGGAAGCUCCAUACGUCACAGCCCACUUAGUUCUGGUGUCUCUACCCCUGUGACGAAUGUUAGCCCCAUGCAUCUUCAGCACAUCAGAGAGCAGAUGGCUACUGCACUAAAGCGUUUAAAAGAACUCGAAGAACAGGUUAAAACAAUCCCCAUACUGCAGGUUAAGAUAUCAGUAUUACAGGAAGAGAAAAGGCAGCUCAUGUCAGAAAUCAAAAGCCAGAAACUAAGCAACCAAAAAGACACUGCAGGUUUCCGGAAGAGAUCUUACAGUGCAGGAAAUGCUGCUGGUUUUGAACCACCGUCUAGGGUCAGGUCUGCUGGGGAGUUACAUAUAGACUCUGAUGAUGAAAUGGAAACACCAGAGCAGAAUUCUCAAACACUAAAGGAGUUUAGGCAGUUGACAGCUGAAAUGCAAGCGCUGGAAAAGAAAAUACAUGACAGCAGCUUAGAGAGCCGCUGCCCUGACACUCAACCAAGAGAGAUUAAAACAAAAGAAAAAUGCAGCAGGUCUGUUGCUGUUGGUGCUGAUGAAAAUAUGAACGACAUUAUAAUAUAUCAUAAAUCUGUGAAAUCCAGUCAAGAUGCCUCUGUGGGAACAGAAAUACAAGUGAAGAACCUCGGGGUUGGAGUAACAGAAGAAAUGCUAGGUGUGACUUCAGAAGCUGAAAGAGAAAUUGAACUUCAGCAACAAACAAUUGAAGCACUUAAGGAUAAAAUUUAUCGUUUAGAAACAGACUUAAGGGAAACAACAUAUGCCAUGGAAAUGACCAAACUAAAGCUCGAGAUAAAAGCAGCAGGGUCACGGAAGAAUGCUGACAAAGCAAUAAUGGCUCAACCCCUAAUGUUCAGCAGGACCACAGAAGCUAGUGUAGAAAUGAAGGACCAAAGUGCUGGAGAUCAUGUUGAUAUAAUCGAUGCUUGUGUUGGUAACAGCUUAAAAACUGUUAGUGUUGGUGUUUUAUGUAGUCCCAUUGUUCAGAAUGCAGCUGCAGGCUCCAGCCUGCCAAUGAAUAGUUGGAUUGUGAAACAGAAAGUAGAAAUGUGUGACACUGGAACUGGGAGGGAUCUUGACUUGUGUGACAAGUGUGUCGGCAAUGACCAGGUGCUAUUUGAAGAUGCUCUUAAUAUAAGGGAACCCAUAGAUCAGCAGGAUGGGACAGGAGAUCUUAAAACCAAGGAACUAAGGUCAGUAGGAUGUGGAGAUAGUUCAGUGGAUGUUAUCGUUAAGCCUGUGAUGGAGAGUUUGUCAUGUGGGGUAAACACAGAAUUUGUGAACAAAGUAGAUUCUUCGGUGACUGCAUCACCUUGCACAGCAGACCAACAAACCAACACUGAAAUGGACACAGCAAAUCAGUAUACAAACACAGAUACCCUGUGUUGUAUAGAUUCAAGCACAAACACUGCAUUGAGCACUUACAGUAAGCAGACAAACACAGAAACAGUGGAGAUGCGAUCUGUGGCCAUAGGCGAUGGCAAAGUGAAGGAAGUUAAUUCUUUACCAAAGACUCGGUCCAUUGGAGUAAGUACUUCAGAUUCAGAUUUUGAGUCCUCCACACCCAAGACCAAAGACUUUGGUGUAGGACAUAUCAAUAUAAUGGAUAAUUUUUUGAUAGGUAUGAAAUCGAGAAGCAUAGCAUGUGGACCCAGUGAGGCACUUCCACUUGGUCCUGACACAAGGAGCAUAGCUGUAGGAGAUGAACCUUUCCAGGAACAGGAAUGUAUUCCUCUCAUAAACAAGGAGCCCACACCUGACACUCCUGCAGUCAUUGACCAAUAUAUUGAACAAGUGCAAAAGCUGCUCCAGGAACAGCAGAUGCUUCUUGCUGAGAACUACACUGAACUGGCAGAAACCUUUGGAGAGCCUUAUUCUCAGAUUGGCACCCUUAACUCUCAACUUAUCAGCACCCUUUCUUCCUUUAAUUCUGUAAUGAAGUAUGGCAGCAGUGAAGAACUGCACAGCUCUGGUUUCAAGAGACAUUCUGCUGAGCUAGACCCCUCUGCAGGAUCAAAUCUGGAUUGUUUUCCUGAAUCACAGUUCAUCAGUCAAUAUGCUAAUGGAAACACUCAGACUAUUAACCUGAAUCAACUCCCUGAAGCCACACAAUGUGAGGUGCAGAAUGUACCUAAAUCUGCAGGCAAGCCUUCUGCGUGUAUUCCUGCCAGCCCCGCGGCUGAGGGCGAAACAGAGUGUGUUAGUGCAUCAGGUCAGACUACAUUAAAGUCUAUAAUGAAAAGAAAAGAUGAGAAAAAGGAAUCCACUAACACCAAGAAAAAUCUUCAGUUUGUUGGCAUAAAUGGCGGGUAUGAAACAACAUCUAGUGACGAGUCUAGUUCUGAUGAUAGCUCCUCCUCAGAGUCAGAUGAUGAAUGUGAAGAGGAAGAAAGUUUUAAUGAAGAGUCCGGUGAGCUGUAUCAUGGCGUGGCCAGUGUCAUCCCUGGAUCCCCAAGCAACCUGGAGGAAAAGCAACUCAAUGAGAAAGAACCUGAAAAAGUGGAAAUAAGGGAAAGAUACGAGCUGAGUGAAAAGAUGCUGUCGGCUUGCAAUGUGCUGAAAGACACAGUGAGCGAUCCAAAGGCGUUGGCAAACAAGGAUGUGAGGCUGUGUCUGACCACAGUACAAAAUGAGUGGUUCCGUGUGUCCAGUCAGAAAUCUGCAGUGGCGCCCAUGGUGGAGGAUUAUAUUACUGCAUUCAAGGACCUUUCCCCUGCUGUCUUAAGCUACAUCAUAAAUAUGGCAGAUGGCAACGGCAACACAGCUCUUCAUUACAGUGUGUCCCAUUCCAACUUUGACAUUGUAAAGCUGCUGUUGGACGCAGAUGUGUGUAAUGUAAAUCAGCAGAACAAGGCUGGCUACACUCCCAUAAUGCUUGCUGCUCUUGCAGCUGUGGAAGCACCCAAGGACAUGGGGGUAGUGGAGGAGCUCUUUGGCUCAGGAGAUGUGAAUGCCAAAGCUAGCCAGGCAGGCCAAACUGCGCUGAUGCUCGCUGUCAGUCAUGGACGCAUAGACAUGGUCAGAGCCCUUUUGGCAUGCGGAGCUGAUGUCAAUAUCCAGGAUGAUGAAGGCUCCACAGCACUAAUGUGUGCAAGUGAACAUGGACAUGUAGAGAUUGUCAAACUGCUGCUGGCCCAGCAUGGCUGCAAUGCUGCCCUGGAAGACAAUGAUGGAAGUUCAGCACUGUCGAUCGCUCUGGAUGCCGGACACAAGGAUAUAGCAGUUAUUCUCUAUGCACAUUUAAAUUUUUCAAAAACACCAUCACCUGGCACACCGAGACUCAGCAGAAAGUUUCCCCCAAGUCCAACACAGAAAGGCCCCACUGACCAUUGAAGCUUAGAGAAAAAGUGGCCAUUGUUUGUUUUCUCCUCUCUGGGAGCUGCUGCUAACUGUUCAUACUGACAGAUACUGAAUGUAAUAUUCUUGUGCCUGAACACACCAGCAGACAUGAGCAAUAUCUGUAUAUAUUAUUAGCAACUGGAAGAACACAUUAUGCCAUGGCAGUGCCUCUGUGAUUAGUUAUAAUGUGGACACUUUAUGGACAUUUUUGAAAAGAUGGCUUUCUACCCAGCCCCAGGGAUCCAAAUAUCAACCAUACCUGUCUUGCAAUGUUGGGAAAAGUCCCAAGUGCCAUAUGCCUGCUGCCUACAUGUAGAACAUUUGAACAUUGCUUCCCAAGGUUCAUUCUGAAACGGGUAUCCUUGUCUGGUACCUACAUCCACAGCACUUGAGCUGGCCGUUGGGUGUCUAGUGUAAAUGGAGACGAGCACAAAUGGAGCAGUAUGGGUGAAAAAGGAAGCAUCUUCUGGGAUGGGCCUAUUAUGCAAUUAUAUUAAUUUAAACAUAAAUAUAUACAAAUGUUAAAUAAUUCAGUAUUUCCUGCAUAUUUUAUAAUACAUAAGAAAAAUAUAAGGUAUAUGUCUCAAAGUUCAUGUACCAAGCUUAUGUUUUUAAUCUGUGUAGUAUUGUAUAAUAUCUGUAUAAUGUUUAUAAAAGAAAGUAAGGUCACCAGUUACAAUGUAUGUCCCUUACUUGAUAAUAUAAAAGGAUGUUGAUAUAUAUAUAUAUGCAUAUUUAUAUAAUAGCCUGUCCUGUUUCUUUUAGAGUUGUACGUUUUUUAAAUGUUUGAAGUGCCUUAGGCUCUUGCCAUAUCUCCUCAAUAAACUUUCGUUAUAUUGUUUUUAUCCAU